AUGUCAAAAUUAACAACAGGGCAAUCGCCCGAUACCAAGCGCCCCUUCGAGGCAAAGGAACCAGAAGAGAUGAUAGCCAUGAAAAAGCUCAACUCCCUAACCCAAGGCGAUAUCGUCGAACUUGACGCGACAGAAGCCUUCCUUCGCGAGCACAACUUCACAAAUGAGUACAUCGCCGAACUCCUCAAUGACAAAGAUCUCAACAAAAGGGUCGUCCGCAAAGUCGACAUGAUCUUACUUCCCCUACUCAUGGGAACUUACAUGCUGCAAUACAUCGACAAGAAUGCUCUGUCCUACGCAGCCGUGUUUGAUUUGUUCAAAGACACGGGUAUCUCUUCAGAUCAGUACAGCUGGUUCGCUAGUAUCUUUUACUUUGCGUACAUGGCCGCUGAAUACCCUUGGUUGUUCCUUGCACAGAAGACAUUGAUGGCAAAGGUUGUUGCGGGAUGUGUUAUUGCUUGGGGCAGUGUUCUCAUGUUAACAGCUGCGGGUAACAAUUUCGGUUCUUUGGCGACGUGUCGAUUCUUCUUGGGUGUGUUUGAGGCGCCGAUUACGACGUGUUUCAUGAUGAUCGUUUCCAUGUGGUAUACGCGUGAUCAGCAGCCUUUCAGAGCCGGUGUCUUUUACUGCUGCAAUGGUGUUGGAGCAAUGAUCAAGAACUUUCCUGUCUGGAAAGCUGUCUUCAUGACCUGCGGCGGCAUGACCGUCGUCUGGGGUUUUGUUCUUCUCUUCUUCCUUCCCGACAGUAUCAUGACAGCCCGACAUUUCACCCUCGAAGAACGAGCCCUCCUCAUCGGUCGAGGUCGUCUUGCUCAAACCGGUGUACUGAACAAGACCAUCAAGUGGAAUCAGAUCCGCGAAGCCUUCAUCGAUCCUCAAGUCUGGCUUCUUGUUCUUUUCAUGCUUCUUAACGAAACUAUGAACGGAGGUGUUGCUAACUUUGGCAAGCUAAUCAUCAAAGGAGUCGUCAAGGAUCCUCUCGAGACUGUUGCCUUGGGUAUCCCCAUGGGCGCAUUCCAAGUACUAUGGAUUCUCUCUGGAACGUUUAUUGCGUCUCGCGUCAAGAAUUGCCGAACCAUCAUUAUGGCAGUCUAUCUCAUCCCGACUAUCAUUGGUGUCUGUCUCCUCUGGAAGAUGGACCGUGAGCAUCACAAGGUCGGAGUCCUGUUUGGUUACUACAUUGUCGGCGGCUUCGUCUGCUCUUUGGUCCUUGCGAUGCAGAUGCCUGCUGGCAAUCUCGGAGGCUACACUAAGCGUAUGACGGCAUCUGCCAUGGUUUUUAUCGCCUAUUGUGUUGGAAAUAUUGUUGGUCCUCACGCAUUCCUCGGCUCGGAAGCUCCUCUGUAUCAAACUGGAUGCAUCACUAUUCUUAGCUGCUCUGUCGCCCAGAUGAUGGUAGCCAUUAUGCUAAGAAUUUUGUUGGUUCGCAGAAAUGCACGUCGUGAUGCUGCUGCGGCAGCUGUGGGAGCCAAUGGUGAAGACGUGUCGGCUACUGAGGGAAGUGAUUUGACCGAUUUUGAGAACCCUCAUUUCCGAUAUGUCUUGUAG